AUGUCCGACUUCACAGUCUUCCAAAUCGAGAUUACGAAAGGCUACGACAUGAAUGCCUUCCGUGAAGAUAUGAAGAAGAUGCUGACCAAAGCUGGGGGUAGCGAAGAGCACACGGUUUUCCUCUUCAGCGACACACAGAUCAAGGACGAAGGCUUCGUUGAGGACGUAAACAACCUGCUCAACACCGGGGAGAUUCCGAAUCUUUUCCCUGCGGAGGACCUGAGUCAGCCAGACCUCCGGUAG